AUGCAGACGGCGCCACAGGCGCCGCAACAGACGCGCCCCAGGGAGUUCGAUGUCUCGCUGCGAGCACUCCUCUCCUUGCCGCGGCGCAUAUUCUGUCCACCACGCGUCGAAGGGGAGCUCAGGACCUUUGGAGUUACCCCUGUCUUCCGAAUACGCCUCGAAGACGUGCUAAACCGCCGGCACCUACCUCCCUUAGGUCUCAAAGACUUCGAGGAAUGGCUACUAUACGUCGAGAAGAGCCCCGAGAACCUGUACUUUACCCUCUGGUUACGCGAGUACACCAUCUACUACCAGCAUUGGCUUGCGCAAGCAAAGUCAAGUACCGUCACGUCCGCUGGAACCGUAGCCGAUCAAUGGCUACCGACUUCGCCCCAGCUGUCCAUGUUCUACCUUCGCGCCAAGCAGACCUUCCUCACACCCGACGCCGACUUCGAGCUCAACGUUCCUUCCGACCUACUUGCUCCCUUCCAUGCCCCGACUUCCUCUCCGUACCCCGAUCCCACUACCUUUGCCCCUCUAGCCAUCCAGGUCCGCGACAUGCUUCAAGAAAGCCUGAACCGCUUCGUGGAGGCUCAGUUCACCAAUGUUGGCAACCAGCGCGCUUACUGCGGGAUCGUCGCCGGCGCCAUCUUCAGCCUCAUCGGUGGCGUCUUUCCCCUCCUAUACAACAUGUUCGUGCACAGUACGCGAUGGCUGCGCUUGACCGCGAUCCCGGGGAUGUGGAUAGGACUCAUUGUUCUCCUCUCUGCGAUGAAUGGCGUAUGCGUUGGCGUCUACAUUUUUGGUGACCUACGACAGCUGCACAAGUUUGAGCUUGCGCGCCCACCGAUAUCAAGGCCGAAGCCGCUGACUGUGCAGCGCAAUCUCAUCUCGCAACCCUUAGCCAAGACGUCCGCCCUCCAAUCCUCCAUCAAUGUCCUGCCCUCAUCCCCUACACCCCCUCGAGUCUCGAUAUCCUCCGAGCGAUCCGACUCCGGCUCGUCCAUCUACACCUCUGGCUCAGAAACAUCCGGCAGCUCUGGCUCGUCUAUCGUCUCCGAAGACCCUCCCUUUAUCCAGAUCUCCCCCGCCUACCACGACGACGACCCGACGUGUGGCCCCGCUCAGCCCGACCGUGGCUACCCAGCCGACUUCUCCAUGUCCUCCGGUGCGGAGACCUUCGUCCCCACCGCCGCCUUCAUCCACGCCUUCGAUACCAUCUCGGACUUUGACUGCACGCUCGAGGAGGGAGGGAGCGGCGACGAAGGCAUAGACGCCGAAGUGCACCAGCCGAUGUCCCCAUUCGACUUCGACAAGCUCCCGCCGCGCAUACAUCCACUGCCGCGGCGGGGAUUUGGGCGGGAGCUCGAUUUUGUGAUGGCGCCGCCGGCUGCUGCUCGCACAGCGCAGAGGAGCCGGUGGUUGCCAAUCGUGUCGAGGGGGCAGACGAUAUGCGCACCGGCGAACUCGUGGUCGUAUACCGCGCCGCCAUUUCGGGCGGCGUAUAACAAGCGCGCGGCGGAGGCGUCGUCGUGGGCUACCAACUCUCCGCAACUGGGAUCGCCUACUCUGCCGUGGGCCGUGGGUGAUCUGGAGAAGGGCACCACGCACUGCAACGAGACGCACUUGCACACCGCGGAAACUCGCUGCGAGGACACCGACAAACGACGCCGCACGCCCACCGAAAUCAAGCGCGGCUUCAACAUCGUGCAUGCCGUGCCCGCGUUCGGGGUACCUCUGACGCGGAUACGGAGCCCGGUGAUCGUGCGCGCGCAGUGGGAGAUUGUGGUGCGGUCGGCGGUGUUCGGGUUUUUGAUUUGUUGGGCGGUGGUGGGGGCGUUGUUGGCGGUGCCGGCGACGCCGACGAGGCAUUGAGGGCUCGCUCCCUCCCGCGCCGAUACCACGCGUCUUUGUAUCCUUGUAUGUAUAUCCUGUCCUCCCGCAUCCCGUGGCACCGUGCUUGAGUCGCGGUCGCCUAGCCAAACUGAUACUGUACCUACUGAAUCAGUUGUAUAUUCACUCGCCCGCCGAACGCGCUUGGUGCACACCC